AUGUCGACAGUUCUUUUAGCAGUUGUUGCUGUAAUUUUGUGCAUUCUUUUCCGAAUAUUAAACGUUAACAGCCAACCACAUAAUCCCGUGAUUUAUGGCAGAGACAAAAAUUUUAUUGAAAAUAUAUUAUUUAUUGUACCUUUUCUAAAUGAACCAUACACACCAACCAGAUUGUGGGGUUUCAGUGGUCAUGUGCAAACAAUACUUCACAGCUUAAUAGGGCGAGUAAGGUGUCCUUGGCCGAUCGGUGGCAGGAUAUCUUUAAUUCUCCCUGAUAAAUCUACGCUGACGUAUGAUCUCUAUGAACCCGUCGGAUCUGAACGCGAAGAUGACGUAACCGUGGCGAUAUGCCCCGGCAUCGGCAACACCUCUGAGAGCGUAUACAUACGCACCUACGUGCACUACUCGCAGUGCCAUGGCUACAGAUGCGCGGUGCUCAACCACAUCGGCGCACUCAACAGCGUGCCGGUAACCGGCACCCGGAUAUUCUCUUACGGUCACACCGAUGACUUCGGGUAUAUGGUAGAUAAUUUACUAGAGCGCUAUCCAAAUACAAAGUUAAUUUUAGUCGGAUUUAGUCUAGGAGGAAAUUUGAUUACUAAGUACCUCGGCGAGGACAGGAAGAGACCUCAAAAUAUAAUAGGAGGCAUUUCAAUAUGUCAAGGUUAUAAUGCUAUUGAUACGAUGGUUCACCUGCUGCAGUGGCAAAACUUCCGCCGCUUCUACCUGUACAUAAUGACGGACAAUUAUCGCAACAUCAUCACCAGACAUAAAAGGAUAUUGCUCAGUCCCGAAAUGAAAAGCAGAUACUCCUUGGACGAGAAAAUGAUAGUAUCCGCUGGUACUUUGCCCGAUUUAGAUGAAGCCUAUUCAAGACGAGUGUAUGGAUUCGAGUCAGUUACAGACUUAUAUAAAUGGAGUUCAUCUGCAUUCUAUCUCGACAAUAUAAAAACCCCAAUGAUAUUUAUUAACGCGAGAGACGACCCCAUCGUUCCUGAACCGCUUCUUUCCUUUGCAAGGGAAUUCGUUAGUUCGCACGAUAAUGCGAUGUUUCUAGAACUGGCCCAUGGCGGGCACUUAGGAUUUUACGAAGGUGGCCUUAUUUACGCGAAUCCAGUGACGUGGUUGGAUCGCGCGCUGGUGGGGCUGGUGGGCGGACUGCUGAUGGCGCACAACAAGUGCUCGCAAAAGGACGCGCAGCUGCCCAGCGACCACUUCGUCUCCGAUGAUGAGCCGGACCUCAUCAAAUCCGCCAACCUUGUAUUUCGCGAUCCACUCGACAAAUCUCAGAAGGCCUAA